CUGUGUCUGACAGUUCUUACAGUUCUUCGGUUAGGAGUGUGCAACUGUGCUCCAAGCACCGAUUUUCGCAUUUUCGGGUGCAUUUGAUUUUUCGAAAAUCUGCUCGAGAUUUCGGAAUCUUCAAAAAAUUAUAUUGCACUGCUCCUGCACGCUCGUUGCUCAGUACGAUAAAUAUUAAUCGGUUUGUUUUCAAAGUGUGCGUGGAAAUAUCGUAGGCGGUCGAUGUUUUGAUUGGAUUAGUUGCUUUUCUGCCGCCAAAAAAUAUUAUUGCAGCUCAUAGUUGGGAUUUGAAGAAAUAGGACCUAGAAAGUCAAAAGGAUGUCGCACACUGUGACGGUAACAAGGACGACCACCACCACCACCACGUCGGCCAUCAUCAUCAACACCGGCUACUUGAAGUCAUGGCCCGGCCUCCUGAAACUGGCCGAAUUGAUUUUGGGCAUUGUCGUGGUAGGACUAGUGAGCCACUAUUUCAACAGAUACCAGCAGUACUCCAACACCCCUGAAGUUUUUUUCCUCCUCAUGGCAGUGACUUUCCUCGUGGGAACGUUUCUGCUGUUGACUUCGUGUUUAAUUUCAAUAUCCACAGCUUCCAUCAUUUCCAAAACGAUCUACGAAGUGGUAUACCACGGAUUUGCCUUCAUUCUUUAUCUGGCAGCAAGUCUGACCUUCGUUAUCGAGAUUAACCACAGGAAACGUAAUUACUACAACGAUUAUGAGCCUUACUUUGCUGCUGCUGUUAUUGGUUUGGUGAUUUCCUUCCUCUACCUUCUAAGUACCAUCUUCGCUUUGAGGAGUUACAGAGGCCUAUAAGUUUUAGUUUAGUUACCGUUAUUUAUUAUUUAUUUCCCUUGCUAUGUAUUUACAUAGUUUUUUAUGCUGUUGUUAGGGGAUUUACCACUGCAUUUUACUACAACAGGCACUACCGAUUAGACUUUCCCCAAAUUUUACUUAUAUUCUUUUUUUGUUUGUUUUGUAAGUUUAUAGUUAUAUUUUAAAUGAGUACAGAAGACCUAGGGUUUAUUGACCAAUAAAUUUUAAAAAAUUGGAUUUAUAUAUACUGGAAAGACAUACUCAUAUAUCUACCAAAAAGUAAAUUUCGGAUGUAGAUGUAGAAGAUAUACGUAUAUUUUUAAAGUUAUUUUUAAGAUUAGAAGAUUAGGCGAAGAUGUAGGAGUAAACUGACAAAAUGCUGCCAUAAGUGUCUGUAUAACGUGCCUUAAGUGUUUGCCUAUAUUUUUUAUUACUUACUUACUGUCGGUCCAUUUAUAUUAACUCUUUGUGGAUUUUUUGUUAUUUUUAAUGUAGAUUUUAAUAAAUGUUUGUACUAUUUA